AUGGAGCUAUGCAUGUACCGCAAUACUUUCAUCCACCUUUCGGCGGAGGAGCACCCGGUUCCUCGAUCGCAGAGCGCGCCGAACCUUUCAAUGCUGAGCUGUGGGGAGGAGCUGGUGCCGCUGAAGGCUGAAUCGCACCUGUCCAACUUCCUCGAGCGCGUGGCCCAGAACUUCCGAUGGACGGACAGGCCACUAACGCCGAGAGUUCCCGGCAGCUUCGCACACCCAGAGGCAUGCAGCAGACCGUGUAUCCUUUAUCGCUUUGGAACCUGCACAAAAGGUCCCUCCUGCGAGUUUUGCCACCUGGAGCACCCAAGGCCCAAGAUGAAGCUCGACAAGAUGCAACGGCAGUGCUACGACAAGCUCGACGAGCCGCAGGUACUAUCCUUGCUGCUUCCUUACGUAAAGCAGCGCGCCGAUCAGCAGGAGAUCGGUGCCGAUAUUGCCCCUGUCAUUGAGCUCAUCGAGAGCCGACUCCAGGAAGCUUCGCCCCUUCAACGGUUGGGCUGGCGCAAGGCUCAACUGCUGGAUCGAUCUCUUCGCAGGAUGAACACGUCCCGUCUCGUGGAGCUCUUGGUUGGCCACCCGAAGGUCGGCACCAACUUUGCAGACCAGGUCUCCUUGCUCUUCGGUCGAGCACGGGCUCUCAUCCAAAUGCGGUCAGCUGUGUGA